CACCAUUCGUACGUAUAUGUGGACCUACCUGUGAGGUUUACCUGUAUACAGUUCCUAGAGUAUACAUCUUAACCACGUAACGCCAUGUAAACAUGACGGAUGCUGUUAGAAAUUUGUGUAAAAUUGGAGAUUUUGUGUGAUUUUCACCUACGGAUUUAUAAUGUCAGGAGAAGAAUCGGACGUUCCGGUCCGGAUUGAUGUCAGAGAAGGAAAACGAGAUGACGGAACUUACUCGUAUGCUUUUACGUAUGAGAGGGCGACAUUGUACGAGUUUAAAUUUGACCGAGCUGCCUACCCCGCAGCAGUGGACCCCUGCCACAGGUGUUACAAAUCCACCCCCAUCCACGAACAAGUCAAUGUCGGGGUACUGUUCCACAGACAGUGUUUCCGAUGUCGUGUGUGUGGAAUUCCUCUGACCAUGCAGACGUUUUAUAGGAACGAUGCCAAUGGCACAAACGAUAAGGAGGUGUAUUGUAAAACCCACGUGGGUAAGGGCAUCCGUCAAAUCCAGGCGGAGGGGCAGCCCAUCGACGUCACACACGCCCUACCCCCGGGGGGUAGUCAGCACGUCAUUCAGCUUGCAGGAAAGUCAACGAAACAACCAAGUCUUCCAUCGUCUCGAAGCGGAGCCGGGAGUCCUAGACCUAUAGCUAGUCCCAGAAACAGUCCCCGGUCCAGCCCUCGCCCGGGGACUCCAAAAAUGGCCAGCAGUCCGGCGGAUUCAAGUCUAGUCAGUGUGACCCCCCGGAGCAUGAAUGGUACAUGGAUGUCGGGGACAAUGCAUAACACCAGUCUAGAUUACAGCAACAUGUCGGGCAGUCGGUACCAGCGCCCCCGACCACCACUACAAAGUUUUCAGGACUUCAGUGAUACUGGGGUGUUCUCGUCUCAGGCCACAUUGGAACAGCGGCACCGCGAGGAAGAGGACCGGCUUCAACGCUUCCUGUUGGAGGAACGGGAGAAAGAGAUGCGUCGACUUGACGAGAGUAUCGGUCAGGAAAAGGAAGUGGCCGCAAUGGAACUACUGUCAGCCUUCGAACAGAUGCGCCUACAGGGUCAGUCCCCGAACCUGAUGGUCGAGCGGGAGAGGAUAGAGGAACAUUUCAACAAGUCACGUGAGGACCAGAUGAAGACCAUGAUAGACAAAAUUGCCACAGAGGAGAAAACGAGGUCAGCCAAGAUGUUGGAGCGACACGGCAUGGAAAUGAUGCAGCUCAUCGCCGAGAAGGAUAGAGUGUUGGACCGCAGCGCCCUCUUUGACCACACAAUGAGACCAGCAGUUGUUCCCCCUGAAAGCAAAAAAGCACAACUUUACUCUAGUCCGGCACAGUUUGAAGCCAUUGACAAACGAGCAAUAGAGAUUGCAAAAACAGAAUAUGGAAGCUUUACAGAACUAGUGAGAGAUCUCACACGGGACUGUGCAAACGAACUUCAGAAAGCCAGGGCCCUAUUCCGGUGGGUGAUCGCCAAAGAUCUCGGUAAACACAAUGUUCACGAGAUCAUCCGUCCGAACGCAAGAGCGUCGAUACUGAAGGGGGUUCGAAGCGGCAAAGAGACCUAUCAUCAGCUCUUCAAAAAACUCUGCAACUUUGCCGGACUCCACUGUGAAAUCAUACUGGGAUUCUCCAAGGGCGCUGGGUACAAGCCGGGCAUGCGCAUUGAAGGUGCAACAUUCCGGAACUCUUGGACAGCUGUUGCCAUUGAUGGAAACUGGCGAAUAGUCAACUGCACGUGGGCAGCGCGUCAUGUGACAGGUCACAAGGACGACCUGCCUCAAAUGUUCCACAAGUACGAUGAGUUUUAUUUCCUAACGGAUCCUGAGGACUACAUCUACCAACACUACCCAGACGACUCAGCUUGGCAGCUGAUGGACAUUCCUCUGCCAUUCUCAGAAUUUCAAAAUCUGCCAGUUGUGAAGUCGCCAUUCUUCAACUAUGGACUAAAGUUUUAUUCAAACUAUGGUGCUACAUUGAACACAGAUACUGGCAUGGUUGAGAUCCGAGUGAUAACGCCCAAAAUCUUGGGAUUCGGCUCGUUACUGGAGCCUUAUGACAAAUCCGGUGAAAGUUCAAAAUCAGUUGAAGGUCGGACUUUACUUCGGUUGGUUAAGAACGAAGCCAUAUUUACCAUAAACUUGCCCAAAACAGGUUUGUAUCAGUUUUCUGUUUACACGGGAGACUACUGGCAGUCGGAAUGUCUGGAGAGCGCGUGCUCAUUCUUAGUGAACUGUAAACAAAUUUUAGGUGUGGCCUCCCCUCCAUAUCCACCAGUCCCAUUCUAUGGUCCAACUCCCGUAAUGGAGAAAUUAAAGAUGAAAGAGGAAAAUCAACUAGAUCCGCUGAUCGUGUCAAACGGAGAGAACCUUGAGAUCAGCUACAGCUUGUGUGAGAAGAUUAAACUCACUCACACUUUUCAGUAUUUUGACGUCAGUGACAAUUCUGUGUCAGACAUUGACCGCUACGUGUUCUUAAGGUCAAGGACGGACGCUCUGGCCAAUUACAUGGUCAGAUGUCCGAAGGAAGGGUUCUAUAUUUUCUCGCUCUAUGCCGCCGACGGCGAGAACGAGGCUCAGACUCUUGACUGUGCAUAUCGCUACUUAAUUAUCUGCCAAGAACCUAACCCAGCCGUAAAUGUAUUCCCCAAGACAUUUCACCGCUGGCAGCGCUGCACCUUACAUGAGCCAGUGUCGGGUGAUUUGAUGACGCACAAGCGUUAUACGUUCCGAGUGGAUGUACCUAAGGCGGUAGAGGUGUUCUUGGUGAUUGGAGAAAUCUGGCAUCAUCUGAAACGGAAGCUUGCAUUCACAUUUGAGGGAAACAUCAACACCGGUGGUACACCGUGUACGGCGAAAAUAUACGCCCGGUUUUCGAAUGAGCGUGACUCGUCCUUGUUUGCGCACCUUCUUGACUACGAACUGGUAGACGAUGCGGAAACUGAAAUAUAAAUGUCUGUGACGGUCAGGAUUUGCAGCUGGUCAUCAAAUGACAGUCAAGCUGUACAUAAGUAGCACCUUAAAACAAGUACUAGAAAUACGAAAUCUGGAGUUCUUUCCUAAAUUCAGCUUUCCGGUUAUCACAUUCCUUAUCGGUGGAAUUCUAUAUGAUCUUUGUAAACAAAAACUAAUGUCCGUUUUAGUGCUUUGUUGGUAAUCUCCGGACUUCAAACAGCUGUUAUAAAACUAAACUACUGUUUUAACUUGUGAUAUAGCUUGCUAAACAUUUGCAACGAAAUAGUAGAUUCACUCGAUACAUUGUCUUAAACUGUCUAAUGACUGAGCAUUUUAGAAGAGCAAAUGUUAUUUUCCGAUUAUCGUCAAAAGCAUUCAGGUAAUUAUGAAAUCAUUGGUGAUGUAUGAGACAUUUCAUUGGUAAACAUAGAACUGGAGUUAUUAUAGGUUUUUCCGUAGAAUGGCAGAUGCAUCCCAUACCUUCAAUAGGUUUUCGCACUAAUGAGUAGUCUUGGAUAAAUAUGCAAUGCAUUAGUUAAAAUGUGGGUAUCGCAUUGGAAACAUUUUCAUUGAUUAUUACAUGACAGACCGCCAUAGGCAAACAUUUCAUAUGACAAUACUUCGGAUAUCAUAUUAAAUAUUGCUGGAGUUUCCGGUUGAAAACUGAACAUUCCAGUGUAAAUAGGUGAUUUGGAAACAAUACCAAUAAUUUGAAAAAGGUCUUAAUGAACUAGUGAUAGUUGCUUUUCUUCAUUAUAUAUAACUCUUGUUAGUUAAUUUAUAAAUGUUACCAGACAUUAAGUUUAGUCUGUAUUUCUUCUAAAUGAGUUGGCUCCAGUUAACUUAACGUCAAUGUUUGGGGCACGUCUGGUGUACUUAUAUGUAUUGUUGGGGAUUUGUUCCAUGUUUUAUCUAUGUAUGAUUUUGUAAACAUUACAAAUCUGAUUAAUUUCGAAAGGCAGCAUUUAGGUAGUCGUAGAUCACAUUAUAUAUAUAAUAUGUACGUGUUGAUAUAAGAUGGUCUGAAUCACCUAACUAAAGUAUAUACACAUGUUGCAAACUGUCGCUGAAAUAUCCAUGUGAUUAGAGUUAAUAUAUAAGUGUAGGUUUAAGUGUUUGGUAGGAAUGUUGUACUUGUUUGUAAUACCAUCAGUAAUACCACAUACUUCUGUUUAUCAUUAUAAACACAAACAAAUGAAAAUGUUGUACAUUAUAGUGAGCUAACAUUCCAUUUUCUUGUCAAACAUUGUGCAUUAUGGCAUUUUCAUUAAGGCUAUCUACAACCAUGCAUCUAUGUGUCAACAUCAACGCCGUGAGUUUGAAUAGUGUAUCUACAUACCGGUAAAUCUGCUAUAUUGAUUAAGUUCCUGCUAAAACUGCCAAUGUUUUUCAUUUCACAUUUAAUCAAUCAUAUGGCAUCGCCGGUGGGAAUUGAACAACAUAAUUCAACUCAUUUUUAUGCAUCAAAGAUACAUUGUAAUACUUUUCUAUAUAAAAACAAACCUGCAAUUAAUUCUGUUACAAUAUAUCUAGAUUUACAUCAUGCAUAAAACUGUUAAAAUAUACAUUGAAUAAAAUAUCACAUUUCACUUGUCUUACAAUAAUUAGUACUAAAACAAUCGCUCUAUUAGAAACAAAUAUGUCACUAUUGAUAAUCACACUCGCUUUCUUAGAUGGUUUGGGGCUCUUUUGAAAGAAGAUUUACUCCUGUUCCUUCUGAUGUUAUUAAUUAAGUAAAAUAGAUGAAUUAGUCAAUAUAAAACUGUUUUAGUGUUUUCAAUAUCAGGUGAACCAAAACGUUCCUAUGGCUUUUUCCCAAUAGUGUCCUCAAAAGUGAAAUGAAAACAAUUAAUCAAUUUAAUGCGUAUGUUGCUUAGUUCGGGUAAUGAAUAUCAUCAAAUAGUGAGCAACCCAUAGCUACCUAGUUCUCUUGCAAAAUAUUUGGUUAUUUCAAAAUGCAAUGAAGUUACACACUCACACUAUCUUGGAACGAUUUAAUUUCAAUUGAUAAUAAUAUGGCAUAAUAUAAAAUUCUUAGCAAAAUAGUUAAAGUGAAUAUACUGUAAAAGCUACUAUUCUACCUUAUAAGGCUAUUUAUUUCUGCUAACAACAAAUAUUUAAAGUCGCACGCACUGUCUUGUUUACCAAAACAUUUUUGUGGCUAUUUUGAAAGAAGAUUUACUCUCGCUCCUUCAGAUGUUAUCAGCUAAAUAGUUCCAUCAUUUUGCAUUAUUGUUAUAAAUUGCGGUCGAUUCUACAUUUGUAAACAAUGGAGCUUGUAUUAACAUUACCAGUUGAUAUGCUGAUUAAGCAGUUGAUUAACACUUGCUGACAUUUUGAUUAGCUCAGAUACCGAACUACGGAACGUUCAGCGCUCUUUCAUGAUUUACAUUCCUUCGCAAUUAAGAUCAUACCAAUAUGUUUGUUGUAUAUGUUAUAUGUUAAAACCUAUAUUAUUUAUUUACGUAAAUUCCAAAGCUUUACUGAUAUGGUGUAUGUCUAUGGUCUAUCUUAUACCUCAUAUAACCCUAACUGUACAGAAACGGAACCCGUUUGUUAUGUUAGUAACCGCUUUAUAAACUAUGUUAUGAUUUGCUUGAUGUGAUUCAAAAUAAAUAUGAUACUAUCCUA